AUGCCCGGAACACUGGCAGACGGACCUUCAGUGUCCAUGUCUUUUGCCAACAACUUUUGGGGCAAAGAUGACGCAGGACUUCAACCAAUGCUGGACCGUGUCCAUUCUUCGAAGAUCACAAACGACGAACUGAAGGUUUUCUAUAGCAUUCGGGCCUCUAUCGAAGAAGAAUAUGCGCGCAAACUCCAAGCUCUAUGUCGCAAGCCGUUGGGAUCAAAUGAGAUGGGAUCGCUCCGGAGCUCACUCGACGUCGUUCGCGGUGAGACUGAAGCGAUCGCCAAGGCACACGCAGCAAUUGCCGGACAAAUGAAAACAGAGUUAGAGGAACCGCUGGCAGCUUUUGCGAGUGGUAUGAAGGAGCGACGAAAGAUCAUUCAACAGACCAUUGAACGCCUACACAAGCUGAAAAUGCAACAGACACAGGCUGUCAACAAGACCCGUGAUCGUUAUGAACAGGAUUGUCUUCGCAUCAAAGGGUACCUCGCGCAGGGACACAUGGUAAUGGGGCAAGAAGAGCGCAAGAACAAGGCCAAGUUGGAGAAGACCCAGAUCCAGUUGGCAUCAAAUAGCCAGGAAUAUGAAGCCGCCGUCAAGACACUCGAAGAAACUACUGGACGCUGGAAUAAGGAAUGGAAGGCGGCAUGCGACAAGUUCCAAGAUUUGGAAGAAGAGCGUCUGGAUUUCACGAAGAGCAGUCUCUGGACGUAUGCGAACAUCGCUUCAACCGUUUGUGUCAGCGAUGAUGCGUCAUGCGAGAAAGUUCGCCUCUCUCUGGAGAACUGCGAGGUCGAGAAGGAUAUUAUGUUCUUCAUCAAAGAGCGAGGAACCGGCCAGGAAAUCCCGGAUCCUCCCCGAUUCAUCAACUUUUGCAAGGAUGAUGACUCGAGCUCUGAGAUAGAUGAAGCGGAGGGAUACUCGGUGGCUCAAUUCCAGCGAACAAUGAACCCUGCCUUCCGCACGUCGUCUCCGCAGCCGGCCUUCGAUACAAACCAUGAUCCACAGCCAGACCUUGCAGCUCAAAUGGGACAUUCCGCUCCCCCGCCUGUCAAUAAUGCGCCUGCGCCGGCGCCUCAGCAGCCGCCACCCCUACAACAGCCGAUUCCCCAACAGCAGCCAAUGCCUCAACAGCAACCAAUGCCUCAGCAGCAGCCACUCUUGCAGCAUCAGCCGCCCAUGCAGUCACAACCCCAACAACCCGCGCCACUAGACUUCCGCCGUGGCGGUGCGCCACCUCCCAACUACGAUCCGGAACGACAUGGGGAAAUUGGAGCUGUUCCGCACAAUGCAUACCCUACCGAUGGAAUGACCAUGUUCUGUCGGACAGGGCCACCGUCGGAGCGAGGCUCGGCGCUCAGUCAAUAUCGUCCAUCCAGUCGCGAUUCUCAGAGCGAAGUUUCGAAUGUCUCCAACACUUCGAACCCGACCUCUAUGUCCAGUAUUGAGGCGACUCCGACUAAGAAAUCGCUGACGAAGGCAACAAGCAAUGCUCCACCUUCAAUCUCCGGCGACGAGAAGUCACCCAGGAAGAAGAGUGCCUUCUUCAGCAACAGCCCCUUCCGUCGCAAGAGUCGCCAUGACAAGGAAAGGCCAGCCAUUUCUCCCCAGCAAGCCAGCUCUUCCCAGCCCGUCAGCUCUUCCCACUCGAUGCCUCGCGGUGGCUGGGACUCGCCGACAAAACAAAUGAGUCCGACCAAGCAGAUGAGCCCGACGAAGCAAAUGAGCCCGCCCAAGCAAGUGGUCAACCCACCCAAGCAGACUAGCCCAACCAAACAAGUUAGUCCGGUCAGGCCUUCGGCGCUCCCGCCUAGCCAGAGAUCUGGCAGCCCGGAACCUGUCGACCCUCGAGCCAACUUCCAGCUCAAUGUCGGCAAUAACGUCUUCGAUGUUGCGACCCCCGAACAGAACUCACCGAAGAAGGGAGCCCAGUCUGGUCAGGCGCCUGAAGAUGAACUGGACCCUAUUGCACGAGCCCUGGCGGAGUUGAAGACAAGCGGUAAGCAGUCGGCCUCUCGGGUAUCAGCAGAUAGAUACCACGGCAUCUCGACGCCCACUCCGUCGGUAUCUUCCUCCGCCUACGAAGGCAGGAAUGCUGGUGCUUCCGCCGCUGCUCCGCCGCCAGCCUACAAUGAUCCUUCGGUCAAGCGGCUAGGCGCACCCCAGCCGGCCUUCACGGCAAAGCAAAUGCACAAGACAACCCAGAAAUACACUGGCCAGACCCAGAGCAUGCUUCGAGGACAAAACAACAGCAUGGGGUCCACACAUAGCGGUCAAAGCCAAGAAGCCCCUCGAGCUAGAUCACCAGCACCGAGACGGAGUGUCAGCCCUCAGGUUCCUUCGCCUCGCGUGGACACUCGUAUGAGCCAGAACAGUGGCCGGGGCCCCAGCCCUAGUCCAAGUUCAUACCAGUCUAACAGUAUGCGGAGCCAAUACAGCCAAUCGCCCACUCCGCGUCGUACUCAGGAGCCACCAUACUCUCCGAAUGACUUUGCUCGGAGACCUUCGCCCUCUGUGAGCCACCGUGCAGUAUCUCCACAGCCCCAAUUCAGGCAGCAGGUUCGUCCUUCUAGUGCUGGCGGCAUGGAACUGCAGUUAUCUGGAAGCCAUGAUAUGUAUGGUAGUCCGGGUGGAUAUGCUGGCUCGACUCGGGGAAGCAGCCGCCCCUCCUCGACUUACGGUGAUGGACCGCCUAUUGGGCGAUCCAGAAGCCGCACCCUGGCUGUUGCCGAUCCUGGACGCAAGUUCAGCCGUGAUGGCCGCCCAGUCCUGCAUUUCGCUCGUGCCAUGUAUACCUACAAUGCCGCCAUUCCCGAAGAGCUCGGCUUUGCCAAGGGCGAUGUCCUUUCCGUUCUCCGCUUGCAGGAUGACGGAUGGUGGGAAGCCGAAAUUACCAACUCCCGUGGCCAUCCUGGUCUCGUCCCCAGCAACUAUCUGCAAAUCAUCUAA